UAAAUGUAGGGAGUGAAUUUUAAAAUAAAAUUUAAAAAAAAUAAUAAAAAUAUUAAAAUAAUAGUUUAGACAAUGUACCGACGGAAAUGGACAGAAAAUACUUUAAAAAUAAUUGCAGAGAGCUCCGUCCUUGACGUGAGCAUUACGAUGCCACGACGCGGUAUGUUUGAAGUUAUCGAAUAUACGAAAGAGAUGCGAGACAAGUAAUAAUGGAGUAACAAAACGUAGCACUCAGGUUGCCAGAUAGUUUGGCUUCCGGGAGGCGAAAAAGUAACCAAGAAUAAAAAUAGAACUUUAAAAAAAGUAGUAGAAAUAAAAAAUCAGAAAGAAAAAGAAAAAAAAAUGGAAAAGUUUGGAGAUUUGCCGAAUCGCGAGUGGACCCAACGGCUGAGUCUUCGUGGGAGUAGACGAAGUCAUCAGGGUGAGCUUGGCACCACGACAAUGACUGGGUCCCGGAGCACAAGAAGAUGGGCUAGUUUACGGCAACACGUGACUAGUGGCGAUGGUAUUAAGCCAUCGGUUGAAUUGUUGUUGAAUCGUGAACAAAAAUCUCAAGCACAAACACCCAGUUCACAGCCCCAUUCGCCAAAUACACCUAGGACACCCCAUACACCGUUCAAGAAAUCAAACUGGGAGGUCAUUGAACACUUUACUGGCGCGCAAAGACCUUCUAUUGUCACGAUGGGAAUGGGAUCAGAAAUAGGCGUUAGUUUAGCCACAGGAGGAUUAAAAGAACCGAUUUCGAUGACUGGUUUUAGUUCUCAUUCAACUGGAAAUGAAAGAAAGUGUGCACUCAGUCGUUUUUUACGUGCACUUUGUAGAUCUCAUCGAUUCAAAAAUCUUCAGGUGGAGAUGCUGUACCAACGUUAUUUUCUACGUAUGAAUCAAAGUAAUAUGACUCAUGUGCUAGGACUUCUGACUGGAUUAUCAAUAGCACUGGGGUUGCUAGUUCUCAGAUUGAUAUUUACCAGCGAUCAGCCUUUUUUUACUCUCAUUCAACGGCCUGAAAAUUUAUCCCUGACACUUGCCGUACUUACUUGUAUCACUAUUUAUGCCGGCUUAGUGGCAGCAAUUUCAAGACCAGGAAUGAAUGAAGUCUGGUUAGCUGGAGUAAGUGGAGCAGUACUAGUAACAUUACUAGGACUACAAAUUACACUAAAUAUUCAUCUGGCAUAUUUACCAAAUUGGGACGAUAAAAUAGCCACGAUGAAUCCCGAGGAUAUGGUCAUGAGAGACAUGUUAAGUUCUGAUUCAACAGCCAGCACAAUGUCAAUGACGAGAAUCGACCAUUUACGUACAGGUGGACCACUCGCGGCAGCUUGGUCUGUUUGUUUUUUUAUCUACAUGGCCUACGCUCUUUUGCCAAUUCGACUACGUCAUGCCUGCAUUGCUGGUGUUAUUUUCUCCGUCACCCAUCUCAUUGGUGCUUUUGUACUCUAUUCCCAAGAUUAUCCCGCAAUGCUAGCGCACUUACUAAGUUCAAUUGUCGUUGUGGGAGGCACGAAUGUCGCUGGAGCAUUAACACAUCACCCUAGAGAAAUAGCACAGAGACAAGCUUUCUUAGAAACACGGCAGUGUGUAGAAGCGCGACUGACUACUCAAAGAGAAAAUCAGCAACAGGAAAGACUACUGUUAAGUGUUUUGCCACGACAUGUCGCUGUUGAAAUGAAAGCUGAUAUUGCUGGUAAACCGAAGGACAGUAUGUUUCAUAAAAUUUACAUUCAAAGACACGAAAAUGUCAGUAUUCUCUUUGCUGACAUUUGUGGAUUUACUUCAUUAUCUGACCAAUGCACAGCCGAGGAACUUGUGCGACUACUCAAUGAACUUUUUGCCAGAUUUGAUCGACUUGCAGCAGAGCAUUACUGUCUAAGGAUUAAACUCCUGGGGGAUUGUUAUUACUGCGUAUCUGGAUUACCUGAACCGAGACCGGAUCAUGCCCAUUGCUGUGUGGAAAUGGGAUUGGAUAUGAUCGAUGCUAUUGCGCUCGUAAGAGAGGUCAUGGCGGUGAAUGUCAACAUGAGGGUUGGUAUUCAUACAGGAAGAGUCCACUGUGGUGUACUGGGGCUUAGAAAGUGGCAAUUCGAUGUCUGGAGUAAUGAUGUAACUCUUGCUAACUAUAUGGAAAGUGGUGGAAUACCUGGACGAGUACAUAUUACUAAAGAAACAUUAGAUUGCUUGGGUGGUGACUAUGAAGUAGAAGAGGGAAAUGGCGGGGAGAGAAAUUCAUAUUUAAAAGAGCACAAUAUCAAGACAUAUUUAAUUGUCCCUGGAGAUACGUUUAAAGAUAAUUUGACGAGCUCGCGAUUAAGAAAAGGCUACUCCGUCAAUGGAAAUGUAUCCAAGGAAAUGCGAAUGAUGGGCCAUGGUUCACAGCAUGGAAAACAUAACAAAUUGGGGUUCGGCUACGAGACAAUUGAGUCGGAGAAAGAUCCUGAGGAUGAAGUGAAUGAGUAUCUCAUGAGGGCUAUUGAUGCUAGAAGCAUCGACAGACUUAGGUCCGAGCACUGUACUCCUUUUAUUUUGACCUUUCGGAGACCGGACAUUGAAGAAAAGUAUUCUAGAGAACGAGAUCGAAUGUUAUCAGCGUAUUUCGUGUGCUCGGGAUUCGUUUACGUGAUUGUUGUGGUCGCAAUUGCUAUCAGUUUGUCUGGGAGUGUUUAUUUUUACGUGUGCACUGGAAUCAGCUCAUUUAUCAUACUUUUGAUAAAUAGUAUUCUUCUAGCUGAGAAAAAUGAGAAAAUACCAGAGUGGAUACGAAAUAUAUCGAUAGCCAUUUUUGAAAAUCGUAUGAUAGCUCAAAGUAUCGCAACAAUCGUAGUCUUCCUAACAUUUUUAACAAUUUUAUCACCAUUGGUCACAUUGGACAACAGUAAUGUCUGUAGUAAUAACACUUGGACAAGAAAAUCUCAUGACAAUUCAACAGUAAUGGUUCAAAUCCCUUCAGCAACAGGACCGUGUUAUUAUACACUUUUUUCUGACCUAUUUCCCGUGUUAGUGAUGCUAGUGAUGGUAACAUGUGCAGUGUAUCAAAUACUGACAUCAGUUUUCAAAGUAGCAGUGCUGAGCAUAAUCGUGGUCUGCUAUUUGGCUGUAAGCAUUUAUCAGUCCUCAAACGAAGAGGACAUUGAUCAGUCAGGCAGGUGGUUAGCUGGAGUACUGGUGAUCUUCUUCAUGGCCUUCUUGGUGGCACACUCCCAGCACACUGAGGCAACGUAUCGUCUUGACUUUCUGUGGAAGCUUCAGGCGACUGAAGAGAAAGAGGAAAUGGAGCAUUUGAAGGCUUACAACCAAAAGCUUCUUGCAAACAUCCUGCCAGAGCAUGUCGCCGCAUACUUCUUGAGAACUGUAAACUCUGCUGAUGAACUAUAUCAUGAGCAGUGCGACUUUGUGUGUAUUAUGUUUGCGUCAAUACCAAACUUCUCCGAGUUCUAUGUUGAGUUGGAGGCUAAUAAUGAAGGUGUGGAAUGUCUGAGACUUUUGAAUGAAAUAAUUGCUGAUUUUGAUGAAAUACUUGCUGAAGAUAAGUUUAAGUAUAUUGAAAAAAUUAAGAGUACAGGAGCUACUUAUAUGGCAGCUUCAGGUCUAACAAAAAGUACCUGUGAUAUGAAAGACUACAAGCACAUAACAGCGAUGGCAGAUUAUGCCUUGAGAAUACGCGAACAAUUGGCCUACGUAAAUGAACACAGCUUCAACAACUUCAAGAUGAGAGUGGGUAUAAACAUCGGACCAGUCGUGGCAGGAGUGAUAGGUGCACGUAAACCACAAUACGAUAUCUGGGGAAAUGCCGUUAAUGUUGCCUCGAGAAUGGACUCGACAGGCGUCCUGGAUAGCAUUCAAGUGACGAAGGAAGUACGCGAUAUUCUCAGUGCCAAAGGAUACCCACUUACUUGCCGUGGCCCUAUUCAGGUCAAGGGCAAAGGAAGUAUGAUAACUUACUUUUUAGACGGGCGCAACGAUCCUAAUAAAGCUAUGGCUACUAUACCUGAAAACGAUUGUCACUUUAAUUACAACAAUAUCAAUAGUAUCGAUAAAAAAAUUUCAGAUCCUUCAGAUAUUAUCAAUAGUCAGGCUCUUUGAAAUAUCGAUAGUUAAUUUUUUUUACUGUCUAUCUGUUUAAGUGAGAGUAUUUGUAGCGCGCAAUUGAC